GUAAAUGGUGAAUGACUACAAAUAACAAUGAGUCGUUAUUUAUGACAGACGGUGAUUUGUAGAUCAAUCAGUCGGCAGUCUCCUCCACUGUCGGCUGCAAUGUCGAACAAGACUAUUGAUGUCAACAAACCCCAUAUGAUCGUGCGACGCAAGCAAGCUUCCUAGACGCAGCGUAAAAUAUUUUGUGAUGAAGGUAUGAAGUGCCAUCUGUAGUAGUUACAGAGGAGCCCAGGGGCUGCUACCAGAGCAGGUACACCCAGUGAGGGUCGGGAGAGACCAUGGACCUGAGUGAGAGGAGGCCCAACAAGUGGUGGACAGAGUCGGACACCUUUGCCAUGCUUGCCCUCAUCGAGCAGCUGGACCUGGUGCAUGAGCUGGAUAAGAAGCGCCAGCGCAACGACUCGCACUUCCGCCGCCUGCGCUACAGCCUGGCCAAGCGGGACAUCCACUUCACUGUCAACCAGAUACGCAACCGCUGGAAGAGCCUCAAGCACAAGUACCGCAAGAUCAAGAUGGCAGGAUACCGUAGCGCUGCUGCACGCCUGUCCACCAUCGAGACGUUCCGUUACUUUCGUAUGCUGGACCGCAUGCUGGCCAGGAGGGCCCGGGUGGGGGCCCCAGUGCAAGGCAUUGCAGAUGGACACAAUAUGGUGGUGUUGACCCCUUCAGACCUGGAGGAUCAUACUGAUGGUGAUGUUGCUCAGCCCGAAUCUGCGGCCCCUUGGCAGGACAACCUGGCUCCAGCUCUAAAGGGAGAUGCAGACGAGACCAAUGCCACCCCAAUAGAGGCCAACGCCAGCACUCCGGGCUGGGCCUUGAAGUCAGAUGAGAUAAUGACUUUGGGUCUGUCUGGAGAGUAUCUUUACCCAGUGAAGAGAGAGCCACAUUCAGUACCCUCUUUACAUGAUGGUGAGGGAGCUAGGGACCCCAUUGGCUGCAGUCCACAAGAACAAACUGGCACUUGUGAGGACACCAGCACCCUGAUCCUCCAGCAGCUCACCAUCCUGAACCAUCAGCUAGGGGAACAACUCGCUGAGCAAAGGGCCUUCCACUGCAGCAUGCUGGGUAUGAUGGACCGACAGAUAGAGGUCCUGGAGCAGCUCUCCAACUUCUCCACAGGCCGCCAGGUCAAGGCCGAACCCGACGACAGUAACACUCCUAUCAGCCAGCAGGUCCACAACUCCCUGGUGCGCAUCUUGAGAGGAGUGGAACAGGUCCAAACCCAAGGACACCAGCAAUGCUCAUGCAAAGCCUACCCCUCACAGCCUACAUCUCCCUCCUGGACAGUCUCUCUGUUGGAGGUCCAGAAUGAAUCACCCUCCAGGGAUGAGAACUCAACUAGUGACACAUCCAACCCUCAGCCCUCAGACCAUGGGUGUCCUGAACCUCAAGGACCAUCCCCCUCAGAGCAGCUUCCCACUUCCCCACAGAAGGGUGUUUUGCUUAACGGACUCUCAAACAAGUUCCAGCACAACUGAGUGCUCUUGAAGCUUCAUUCUGACAGAGGAGAGCAUACACUAUUAGGAAAAAUGGUUUCAAAAGGAUUCUUCAGUUGUCCCCAUAGGAGAACCCUUUUAGGAUCCAGGUAGAAUCGUUUUUGGUUUCAGGUGAAACACAUUUUUCCAUGUAGAACCCUCUAAAAAGGGUUCUGCAUGGAACCUAAAAAUGGUUCUACCUGAAACAAAAAAAAAAGGUUAUUCAAAGGGUUAUCCUAUGGGGACAGCCGAAGAAUUGUUUCAGGUUCUGGAUAUAAACUUUUUUUUUCUAAGAGUGUUGAAUAAAAAUAUAUGGGUGCUUACAUUUAUGAGGGACUUGUCAUUUUGAGAAUGUAUUGUGAAAAAAAAAGGUGUUUGUUUUUUUUUUUAUUCCAACUUCUCUCUUCAGUUUAAUUUUGUCAUGUCCAAAUGUUUUAAUGUACAGAAGUUAAUAAUCUGAUGUUUUAAUCAGAUAUAUUUUAAAGUCUACAAUCUAGAGAAUUUUGACAAACCUUAGCGCAGAUGUUUAUUUACUCUUGUCAAGAAGAGAGAUUCCAAUUCGCCAGCAAUCAUCCACUGAAACUCGCUUCCCGAAAUUAUGUUUAAAUGUAUGUUUUCUUCACUCAUACACAUUUAUGUGGAAGCUGGUCAAGCAAAGGCUUUAUCCAAAUAUCUCCUCUUUUCUAAAUGUUCCUUUUCCUAAACAUAUUGGAUAUUUUGGUGACUUCAUUUCUAUAUUGAAGACUUGUUUUAAACAGGGACUUUGUAGAACUCCAUUUGCACAGCUGUUUGCAUAGUCGUGGAUACACAUGGCUGCUUUAAUUUAGGCCAGUGAAUGUGUUUUACUUUGCUUUAGCUUUGCUGAAGAUGAGAGGUACUGUAGUGUGUAAGUGCAAUAUGGUAAUGAAGUCUACAUUUGAAAUCUCACAAGAGAUUCAUCCCACAUCAUCCAUCACUUAAUUUGUAUCUUGGAAUUGUAUUACUACAUCUUGGCAGUACUGCAAUUUGGCAUGUUUUGCUUGUAAUUUGCUACCUGUCUUAAGCAAGAAUUUUGCUAGGACUGUUUGGGAGUGGGGAGGGGGGAAACUUAAAAUGAGCUGUUAUUGGCAGAGAGGUUUGGAAUUUGUGCUGCGUUCAGUACAUUUUUACGUUCUGGAACAUUCAAUUGAAUGAAAAUGAUGCUGUACUGAACGACUAGUCAAAAACUGGGAGGGGUUGGGGAACCCUGUCAACAUGGCCAAUUUCAGGCAGUCUUUUCAAACAGCUCUUACAUUAAAAGCAUUAUCAUGAUUUUCACAAUUUCACAGUAUUAUUCCAACCUCAUAGUGUGAAAAUAUAUAUAAGACACUGGAAAAUCACGUUUUUGACCUCACUGCGACUUUUCUCUCAAAGUUAUUUUAAUACAUGACUUCCAGCUUCAAUCUGAGCUUGUAUCAAGUCCAUUGAUAUUGAGUUAUUUAGUGUAAUGUAUUUGAUGCACCUUUACAUUAAACCUAAUCCAAAUGAGAACAAUAAAAAGAGGCAUACUUGUGAUGAUAGUCUUAUUUAUGGACUGAAACGUGCCUGAAAAUGUUAUUGAUACUAUUGUAUUUUUAAAAGUAAAGAAUUAAAUAUUCACUGUAAUGGAAGGACUGGUUUCAUUUAGGAAUUGCAAAUCUAAUCAGUAGCUUUAGCCAUUGUGGAAUUAGAAAUGAAUGUUGCAAUGUACAUUGUAGGCCUACUUCAAAAGGAAAAUAUGAUGUACAUUUAUUUCAAAUGCAAGCUUUUUUUGUGGAUCAAUUAUUUGAGCUCCCUUUUUCAGCAUCAGACACUCCAAGAUCUCCAAACUGUUUUGUAGUAUACUCUAAUAACUCAAAGCAAUACCAGAUCCCGGAAUACCAAUAUACCUUUAUCAUAACAUUGAAGCUGUAACAAAAAGUAGCCUAAAAUGAGAAAAUAUUCAAUAAAACAUGAAUUGUG